AUGGCUGCACCGCCCAUGAUGCCGCCCAUGGAGAGCAGCGAGAGCUUCAACCCUGAAUUCAACAUGGCAGGCACGCCGCCUAAAGAAGGCGCCCCGGCGCUCGCCUCGCCCAUGGAAGACGCGGCUCCCGCAUGGCCCGAACAGCGGACGGGGCCCCCGGAUGCGCAGACACAGCAGAGAGUGCACGAUGUACUGUAUUCGGAUAUAGGCGUUGCGACGCUGCUGAAUCGGCUCAAGGCCAGCAUUGCGAGCGCCAGAGACUUUGCCAAUUUCCUCAAGCGGCGGGGUGCGCUCGAGGAGGAACAUGCGGGCAGCCUCAAGAAGCUGAGUCGCCUGACGCUGGACGGGGUGCGCAAGCCAGACACGCGACAUGAGAGUUACCAGACACAGUUCGAGCAGGUCCUCCACGCCAACGAGCGCAUCGCCGACAAUGGCACCCAGUUUGGCCUUGCACUGCACGCCAUGCACGAGAACCUGCUGCAAAUGGCCAAUAAGAUGGAGGCGAACCGCAAGACGUGGAAACAGCAGGGCCUUACUGCGGAGAACAAGGUCCAGGACGCCGAAAGGCUGGCGGAGAAGGCCAAGGCCAAGUACGACCAGCUUGCCGAAGAUCUCGACCGCGUCAAGACGGGCGACACGGGCGCGGGCAGGAAGUUUGGCCUCAAGGGGCCCAAGUCGGCGGCUCAGCACGAGGAGGACCUGCAGCGCAAGACGCAGGCAGCCGACCAGGACUACGCCAGCAAGGUGCAAACGGCGCAGACGUCACGUAAAGAGCUUGUAGCCACUACUCGUCCCCAGGCCGUCGCUGCGCUCCUGGAUCUUAUCAAGGAAACCGACGCUGCCCUGACUAUGGAGAUGCAGAAAUAUGCCUCUUUCAAUGAGAAGCUAGUAGUCAACAACGGCCAAGUUGUAAGCCCUCAGCCGCUCAAGGGCUCCACUAGCCAGCUUUCACCGAGCAUCAAUCAGCUCAUCUACCAAAUCAAUAACGAGCGCGACUUUGAUGAGUACAUCCUGAGCCAUGCCUCCAAGGCUCCCUUAUCCAAGGCGGAACUGCAGUACGUCAAACACCCGACACAGGCCCCGACACGGUCACAUCCAACACCCCCAGCGGCUUUGAAGGCUCUGUUCGACAGCGAUGCAUCCCAAGUGGAUUUCCGCAAUCCAGAAACAUUUCAGCAGGAUGUCAAUAGCGUCGCUGGACUGUUGAAGCAGUUUUUCCGCGAGCUUCCCGAUCCACUUCUUACUCGGGAAUUCUAUUCCAAGUAUAUUGACGCUGCACGAAUUGACGAUGAGACUAUGCGGCGAGACUCGAUGCAUGCACUGAUCAAUGCUCUCCCCGAUCCAAACUACGCAACGCUGCGCGCUCUCGUUUUGCAUCUGCAUCGGGUUCAACAAUCAUCCGAAGUCAACCGCAUGAGUACUGCGAACCUCGGAAUUUGCUGGGCACCGUCUAUAAUGGGACCCCACAAAGGCAACAACAUGGCCGACGCAGGCCUACAAGCCCGUGUAGUCAUAACGAUCCUUGACAAUGUUCUCCAAAUUUUCGAUGAGGAUUAG